AUGGUGAAUCAACUGGUGAUUCACCAGAUUGUGUGUGGGAACAGAAAAAGUCUGGUGUGUUGAUUUAAAGUCUAGGUCCAAGUUUAUGUUUACAAAGCUGUCCUACAGAACUGACGCUCCCGUGGUGCAGGUCAAGGUUGAACUGAUCUGUCUUCAUUCCUAAAGUCACAUGACUGUGACGGAGUGUCACAAUUGUGCAGCCUGACAAAAAGCACAGCAGAUUUUCAGUUUUUACCUCAGAGGCUGCAGCACUGGUAACACGUGGGACUGUUUUUUGUGCUCACAGUCCGGAUUAGUAGACUUCAGAUGAUGGCCAAAGUUUGAUUUGUAGAGAUAAAGAUCAAACAGAUCAGCCAUGAGGGACAGACUGAGCCACCUGCAGGCAAUGUCCGGCAGCCCUUUGGAGCCAGUGGAGAAUGCAGACUCCACUCUCUCCAAGUCCCUCAGCAAAGUCGACCUGGACAACAGCCCUGCUCUGGCAGAAAUCUUUUCCCAGGCAGAAGGGAUCCAUAAAGACAUCCAGCUCAUCCGCCUGGAGGUUAAAAGGCUUCGUGAGCAGAGCUCCUGCAUGUUCCAUGGCACCUCCACUGUUAAAAGGGACUCUAUUGGAGCUGACAUAAAGGCGCGGGCUGAGAAUGUUCUAGCACGCCUGCGUGACAUGGAUGGCAUGGCGUGCAAGCUAGAAGAAAAACAUGGUGCCAAUUCUGCUGUGACGCGUAUCGCCAGAACCCAGUACGCCUGCCUCAGUAAUGGCUUUCGCGAUGCGAUGUUUGACUACAAUGAGGCCGAGAUGAGCCACCGUGAAAGCUGUAAAGCCCAGAUCCAGAGGCAAAUGGAGAUAGUUGGGUGUGAGGUGACGGGAGAGGAGGUGGAGGAGAUGAUUGAGAAAGGUCAGUGGAACAUCUUCAGCAAUAACGUGGUGACUGAAGGCAGAACUGCGCGUUUAGCUCUCUUCCAGGUUGAGAAACGUCACCAGGAGCUGCUGGACCUGGAGAGCCGCAUCAAGGGCAUCCAUGAGAUAUUCCUGGACAUCGCCAUGCUGGUAGAGGAGCAAGGCAACAUGCUGGACUCCAUCCAGACCAAUGUUCAGAAAACCGAUGAAGGCGUGCAGGAUGCUCUCUUUAAAAUUGGCAGGGCCAAACGCCAUGACCGCAACAACCCAUUCAAAAGAAUAUUUAAAAGGACAUAGCAGCUGAAGAUACUUUUUUUUGUUUGUUUUUUAAGCUGGCUUAGUCUCAUCAUGUGAGGGAUUUGCUAUUAAAGUUAAUUUUGACUCUUCCCACAUUCACAGUGUUGCCACAGCGGAUGCUUGAUUUGGCAAAUUUUUUUAAUGUUAUAUUUUUUUUUUUUUUUUUAAAUGUCGGAUACUCUUCCUGUCGCAGCCCCAAGGGGAUUUGUCUACUUUGUGUCUGAUGUUUUGUGUUUGUUUGUUUUAAACUGUGACUUUGAGAAACAUUUUUAUGCAGUUUCAGAAAAGAAAUAAAACUCUGCUGUAGCUAAAGAAAGGCUGAA